CUGGUAGGAGCGCGGAUGCACUGUGACGCUGUUUGUGAUGCUCCGCUACACACUUUGUACACUGGUGCCUCCAGCAACGGCUGCAUCUCUACUCCGAGCACAGCUCCAGUGAUUUAUCAUGAAAAGAUUAUCUUGGGCCUUUUUAUUCCUUGCAAUCAAUGUUGUUGAGCUGAAGACAAAUCCGAAGAUUGUGGUGGUGGGUGCGGGAAUGGCUGGGAUCGGAGCAGCCACCCGACUUUUGGAGCUCGGCUUCACUGAUGUGACACUUCUGGAAGCAUCCGGGGAGAUUGGAGGGAGGAUCGGCAAAGCUCAGAUGGGAAAGACUUGGGUCGACACAGGAGCCCAGUACAUCCAUGGAGUCGUUGAGAACAACCCUGUGUACUGCCUGGCCAAAAAACAUGGUCUUUUUGAAAAUGUCCCAAAGGAGGAAGGCAGCUGGAGCAUCCUCACCGAUAAAGGCAGAAAAGUUGAUGAGGACUUUGCUGAACAUGUGUACAAAGCUGGAGAACUCCUCCUUCAUCAGCAAUCUGAUGACUGUGAUAACAACACCAUGGGGGAUUAUUUUGCAGAACAGGCCCAGAAGUUGGCAGAUAACUGGGAGGAUGAUGCAGAGAACAGGAAUCUUAUAAGCAGUGUCCUGAGAAAACUUGGAAAAGAUUUACUUAUAACAACUGGAGCGUUGGACCUCAAAAAUGUAUCUCUGUGUUCAUGGCAACAUUUCUCAAAUGAGAUUAAAGGGGAUAUGGACAUUGGUGGGAACAUGUUCCUCCUACCAUCCAAACUGCUGGAAGAAUUCCCCAAGGAAAAUGUUCUGCUGAAAAAAUUAGUGAGUAAGAUUGAAUGGGAUGGCUCAUUCGGUGUGCCGGAUGGUACGACGUAUCCAGUGCGUGUCUGUCUUGGAGAUGGGGAAGAGAUACUUGCCGAUCAUGUUGUGGUCACCAUCUCCCUUGGAUGCCUGAAAGCACAGGCGUCCUCUCUCUUCAGUCCCCCGCUCCCUGAAUACAAGGUAAAGGCAAUUAAUAGCCUUGAGUUUGGGUCUGUCAUCAAGAUCAUCCUGGAGUAUGAAGAGCCCUUCUGGGAGAGUGACGUCAGCAAAAUCAGUCUGCUUUGGGAGGAGGAGAAUAUCCUUACUGUGAAGGAUGAUCCCAGCCAGUGGCUCCAGUACCUGGACUUCUUUACCGUCAUGAGACCUCAGGAGAAGUUUGGCAAUGUUCUUAUCGGGUGGUGCUCAGGCAGGGUGGCGGACCAUAUAGACAACAUGACAGAAGAGGAGCUCUCUGCAGCUGUCACAGAACACUUCAGGGCCUUUACACGAAACUCAUCUCUCCCUGCCCCAAGGAAGGUGCUUCGCUCUCAGUGGCACAGUAACCCCUUCACCCGUGGUACUUACACCUAUAUCCCGGUGGGCACAGAUCCUGAAGAAAUGGACAGGCUUGCACUUCCGCUCUCCAGCAGCAAGGCCACUAAGCCGGACCCGCAGGUGCUGUUUGCUGGCGAAGGCACCGUGAAAAGCCUGUACGGCACCGUUCAAGGAGCGCUGGUGUCGGGCCGCAGGGAGGCCCAGCGUCUAGCUCAACACUACCUGAAGGCCACGGCUCCUCCGGCCACCUGUCCCUUUGCUUUGUAAGCGCCCAGUACGGCGAAGAAGCAAAGCUCUGGGAUGUAAUAUCUAUUAAAAUAUAUUAUUAAAUGGAUCCGAAGAGCUGUAUCACAUAGCCCUAAGCUAUUCUUAUUGGGUGAUUUGCUGCCUCAUUUACUCAUUUUGUCUCAACUAACAUCUCAAAGUUUAUUUUUAUUGUUGCUUUUUGACAGCAUGUAACCUCUUGUUAUAUCAUGUUAUUUUUAAGGGUAGGCUACUAAAAACCCUUUUUAUUUUUUAUACCUGUGAUAUUUGUUAUUAAUGCUAGUUAUCAUUAUUACUAAUGCUGUAGGCUGCACUUGAUCUCAUGUGAAGCGCUGAGGCAAACUUGUCAGGAACGAGGCUUUAAAGAAAUG